GGGAUGGCAGGAAGCCUCAGGGUUUGUCACCAGUGCUUGCGGUCGUGCGCGAGCUGUGAACCAGCUCCUCUAGAGUUUGCUCAGGAGGCAGGAAACCGGGGCAGGCAGCGAGCAAGAGCGAACAGCGGUGGGGAGUGCGCCCGUGUGCGGGGGGCUCAGCUGCGCUGCCGUGGGUCAGCGUGAGCCCACGGCCAUGGGGAGGACGUGAGAAGGGACCAUUGCUGCUGCACAGCCAUGGGAGUCUGAGAGAGCCGGUCCUCGUUGUGCUGCCCACAGCCACCAUGGGCUGCUGCUGCAGCUCAGACUAUGAUGAGGACUGGAUUGAGAACAUCGACAUCUGCGAGCACUGCAACUACCCCAUCGACCCCGACAGCAAGCGCCAGCUGAUCCGCAACGGCUCUGAGGUGCGGGAUCCCCUGGUGUCCUACGAGGCCACGUCUCCGCCGUGCUCCCCACUCCAAGACAAGCUCGUGGUGGCCCUGUAUGACUAUGAACCCACUCAUGACGGGGACCUGGGACUUAAGCAGGGCGAGAAGCUGCGCGUCCUGGAAGAGAGCGGGGAGUGGUGGAAGGCGCAGUCGCUCACCACAGGCCAGGAGGGUUUGAUCCCCCACAACUUCGUGGCCAUGGUGAACAGCCUGGAGCCGGAGCCGUGGUUCUUCAAGAACAUCAGCCGCAAGGAUGCGGAGCGGCAGCUGCUGGCGUCGGGCAACACGCAUGGCUCCUUCCUCAUCCGGGAGAGCGAGACCUCCAAAGGCUCCUACUCGCUGUCAGUGAGGGACUUCGAUCAGAACCAGGGCGAGACGGUGAAGCACUACAAGAUUCGCAACAUGGACAACGGCGGGUACUACAUCUCUCCGCGGGUCACCUUCAGCAGCCUGCACGAGCUGGUGGAGUAUUACUCAAGCAGCUCAGAUGGGCUGUGCACUCGCCUCGGCAAGCCCUGCCGGACACAGAAGCCGCAGAAGCCGUGGUGGCAGGAUGAGUGGGAGGUGCCACGAGAGUCACUGAAGCUGGUGGAGAAGCUGGGAGCCGGGCAGUUUGGAGAAGUCUGGAUGGGUUUCUACAAUGGCCACACCAAGGUAGCCAUCAAGAACCUGAAGCAGGGCAGCAUGUCCCCCAGCGCCUUCCUGGCAGAGGCCAACCUGAUGAAGAACCUGCAGCACCCACGGCUGGUGCGGCUCUAUGCCGUGGUGACCAAGGAGCCCAUCUACAUCAUCACAGAGUACAUGGAGAAGGGCAGCCUGGUGGACUUCCUCAAGACCUCAGAGGGCAUCAAGCUCAGCAUCAACAAACUGCUGGACAUGGCUGCACAGAUUGCCGAAGGCAUGGCCUUCAUCGAAGCCAAGAACUACAUACACCGCGACCUGCGGGCUGCCAACAUCCUGGUAUCGGAGGCUCUGUGCUGCAAAAUCGCCGACUUCGGGCUGGCGCGCCUCAUUGAGGACAACGAGUACACAGCACGAGAAGGGGCUAAAUUCCCCAUUAAGUGGACGGCACCGGAGGCUAUUAAUUAUGGCACGUUCACCAUCAAGUCUGAUGUCUGGUCCUUCGGCAUCCUGCUCACCGAAAUCGUUACCUACGGCCGGAUCCCGUAUCCAGGGAUGACCAACCCCGAGGUGAUCCAGAACCUGGAGCGCGGCUACCGCAUGCCCCAGCCAGACAACUGCCCGCGGGAGCUGUACGAACUGAUGAUGCAGUGCUGGAAGGAGCAGCCCGAGGAGCGGCCCACCUUCGAGUACAUGAAGAGCGUGCUGGAGGACUUCUUCACCGCCACCGAGGGACAAUACCAGCAGCAGCCGUGAGGCCCCACGCCGGGCGCCCACAGACUCCACGAGCAUCCCGCGAGCACCGCCCGGCAGUGAAGACGCUGUGCUUCCCACAGAGCCUUGCCCCUGAACGGUGACAUCCUAACUGAAGCUGCGCGCUGCUGUCGCACAGCGCCGUGCCCACGGAUGUCAGCUCCUCGCCCUGCCCCACAGCCCCGCACACGGCACGGAGCUCCCAGCCCGGCGCAGCCCCUCACGGCCCGGGCGGGGCCUCAGGCAGAGCUCACGGUGCCCCUCGGAUGGCAGCCACGGACCCGAGGC